AAAUUCUCUAAUUACUGGUGGCCAUUACAUAUGUUCUAUCUCAUCUCUGGAAUUAAUAAAAUUGUAGUUUGUUACCAGGUGGUGGUAAAAAUUACAUAAUUAUAUUUUAACCAAGUGAUGCUGUUUUCUUUUGUCAUCACAUAGUCUAGGCUAAGUUGGUUGUUUUGCCAAAAUGUCGGUUAAAUGUGAGUUGUUUGCACUGUGGAAACAUUUUAAAACGACUAUAUUAUCAUAUCGAAGUGAAGGUUGUACGGCGGAGAUUCUAAUUCAUACUGUUUAACAAACAGUCAAGCAACAUUUCUGCAAUGUUUUGGCCGUAUCAAUAUGGCGAUUUUAAGAAGUGAUUCUUUUAGCAUGCAUCAAAAGACAGAUUUCAACCUGGCUUCGUGAGAGUUCUGAAGAGGAACAAGGAGACUGCUUAUUCUGAAAUUGCAUUUAUGGGAAAAAUAAUCGUGACUGCAAGUCUUUAAUUUUUGAUUGGAGUAACAUUAGCAACAUUUUUUUUUUUUCGGUUCACAAAUUUUGAGAUAUCCUAAACUAUCUGAAGCGCGAAGGGCAGUUGACACGAAAUGGCUUUCUGGGGCAAAAAGACUUUCUGCGUGGUGACCGGCGCCAGCAGAGGCAUCGGACGGUACUUCUCCAUCGAGUUCUCCCGCCACUUCGCGGACGGGUCCGUGGUGGUGCUGCUGGCGCGGUCCGAGGCCGCGCUGGACGACACGAGGGCCGCGAUCCUGAAGAACAACCCGAACCUGCGCGUGUCGGCGGCUCGGGUGGACCUCUCGCGGCCCGCGGCGGGGGCCUACCGGAAGAUCGUGAAGGCGGCCCUGGACGAGCACAAGCUGUCCCCGUCCGACGUGGACCUCGCGCUGCUGGUCAACAACGCGGGCACGGUGGGAGACGUCUCGCAGGCCGCCAGGGACGCCGGCGACCCGGCGCAGUGGCAGGACUACCUGUCGCUCAACGUCACGUCGUGCGUCUGCUUCACGGCGCAGUUCCUGCAGGUGUUCGGCGCCGACUCGGUGAAGAAGACUGUCGUGAACAUCACGUCGCUGAGCGCCGUGGCGCCCAUGAAGUCGUUCGCCUACUACUGCGUCGGCAAGGCCGCCCGGGAGAUGUACUUCCGCGUGCUGGCCGAGGAGUCGCCCGACGUGGACGUGCUCAACUACUCCCCGGGGCCCAUCGACACGGACAUGGUGUCGGAGGUCAUCGACAACGUCGGGCGCAAGGACAUGCGCGACAUGUUCGUGAACCUGAAAGACACGCAGAAGUUGGUCACGUUGGAUCAAACCACGUCGAGGAUCAUUAAAAUUUUGGAGGAAGGAAAGUAUUCGUCUGGAGACCAUGUGGACUACUACGACACCAAAUUUUAAAUUACUUAAAUUUUCAUUUAAGUAUUUGACAAGUGUGUUAAAUUACUUCAAUAAUGGGGGGGGGGGGGGAUAUAUUAAUUGUAACUAUUCCAUGCACCUUAAUUGGUAUAAUUUGGUUCACUUUAUUGAAUGUUGCUACAUAAAUGGAUAUCGGUUGCAUUACAAUGUGUAUCAAUCAGGUUUACAGUAUCCGCCUUAUCAUCGUUACUGUGAGUUUACAUAUGAAAUAUGUUUUUGAUGUUGCUAUGGUAUAUUUUGAUGUGCAUAGCCUCGUUUUACAUCAAUUAUUUAGGACUAGUCAAUGUGAAAUAUUUCAUCAUUUUAAAAUGCCUUGGUUUUAAUUAGUAACUAUGUAUUAGUAUUGCUUGAGUGCUUGAUUAUGUGGGUCUAAUAAUUUGAGUUGGUUGAAUUUUUUUUCGCUGUGUUGUACAGAUUCAGUAAUCUAAAGUCUGUACUGAAAUGGACAUGAAAGCCGGUGUGUGAAUGCCUUGUGAAUACUCCAUGCACUCAUCCUUUGGAAAAGGCCUUUAUUUGUAGUAUUAUAGAUCUUACUAGCAGUAUUGCUUGAACUUGAUUAUGUGGAUCUGAUAAAUUGAGUUGGUUAAAUUUUUUUUAGCACUGUGAUAUACAGAAUCAAUAAUUUUAACUUAAAUGAAAGCAAGUUUGUGUGCCGUGCUCCAUGAACAUUUUGUGUGAUCACUGAAGAGCAUUGGCAACUUAAUACAAUUACAUUUAAUUAUGAUAAUUUAGCCAUAAUUGUGUUGAUUGCACGGUCCUUACUGCCUGUGGAGGCAGCGGCAAACCCAUGACUUUUAUUAGCUCAUCAGCGUUAUGAGCCCCGCGAUUCAAUAAAGUAAUGUGACAUGUUCUGAGCCCAACUACACGGUGUGAGGCUUAAUCUACUCGACCGCAUAAUCUCUCUGAAAACUUUCCGACGUGUUGCAAUUGGUAACUUAUCCAUUCGACACGCCGCAAAUGGUUUGCUAAGCAUGUGCAACAUUUUCUGCAAUAUAUAUAUGCAUACCGGAUUAUUAAUACAUAUUUAGUAAUACUGAUGUGUAUUUGUUUAAUCAUUUGUUUAUACUUUAUAUUAUAGUUCUUUAAUGAACUAUAAAAAAUGCAUUUAUCUGUAUUACUGUGUCAGUCAGCAUAGGUGUGCCCAGACAUUUCCAUUAGGGGGGGCCCUACUAAAUUUUUAUAUCAGAAGCUGAAAUUAGAAUGUUAAAUAGCCUAAAUACAUUCACUCAUUGCCGUGUUUAUAUUUUUGUGCAGUAUCAAAGAGAUAUGUUUACUAGUUAAUAUUUAUAUCCGUAUAAUUUUAACAAUCUUGAAAAUAUGUUUGUUUUUCCAUAGACAAUGUUUUAAGUGUACUUACACAUCUUUCCCCCUCGAAUUUCCAAUAGCUUGGUCCAGAUCUACCUUGAAAUGAACUUCUUUUUAGUGAAUGCAAACACAGAAAUUCAGAUAACAGAACUUUAACAAACCUCUUAAAAUAUUUUUUUUUGCUUGGCCAUUUUAAGGGACCUCAUGUUUUAAAUAAACUAAGGCGGCUGUAUUUCCAGACGAUAAAAUGUUUAAAAAUAUAGUUAGCAUGCUGCAACACUGAAACACAGUUUGAGUGUCACAGUGUAAGGAAUAUACGAAUAUUAACGAACGCAUUAGAGAAAAUGCCGAUCUGAGUGAUUACAUUAGGGGGGCCAUGGCCCACCUGGCCCCCCCUGUAGGCACGCCUAUGUCAGUCAGAAAACUUAGAUAAGUGAGCAUAGUAUUUUAGCGUUUCAUGUAUGUUGGUGUAUUGCUGUCAAUUUUGGGUUCUGUAUAUAACUUUUUUACUUUUUUUAUUAAAUUUAUAUUUAUGUGA